AUGAAGCAGAAACUGGAAGACGGCAAACAAACUGUUAACCCACCUCCCACAAAACCUACACUAUCCCGACGUGUCCGGUCUAGACAACGACAGCCAUAUCCUAUGCAGAUAUUCCUUGUUUGUGUCUACACUGCAGAAACCCGAAUGCCUUGCAACUGCACGAGGAAGGUAGAUAUGUAUGAAAGCGAUCCAAAAAGACACAGAAUGGAUAGGUCUAUUGUGCUCACCACGAGAGAUACUAGUUGGCUUAAUGGAGGCAGUCUCGAGUGUCUUACACCACCAUGCCAAAUAAGCUUUGAGACAAACUCAAUUAUGUCUACAAUUCAUUUAGACUCAAGCCUGUGCCCCUUGCCACCCCACGUAGGAGGGCGCCAGAACACUACAACUAUGCAAAAUACAUUUCAUUAUGAGUAUAGUAUAUACUUGUUAAAUAGUAACGCUCUAGCCCUCGCUGCAUCAUGUUGCACGUGCCCAGGAACUGACACGAUAUUUGAUACGUAUCCAAUGGGGUCCGGGUCAGGUUUAAUUCGACUCUACAGUGAGUGGGUGAUGAGGUGCUGCUUCACUUUGAUUUUAUCCCGGCUAGCGCGCCAUGCUGGUUUUGGGGUUCAGUUGGUGACUUUAUCCUACGUCAUGUACCUUGUUAACCUAAGUGCGGCGUCAGUCAGCAGUCAGUCCCAAAAAGCAACCCAACCAUGUGUCAAAAGAUCAUCCCUGCAAUCUGCAGCCGAGUACGGAGAGAACAGGAGUCGCUUGGAAGCACGACAAACAAACACAUCACGGGCACAAAAUAAAACAAGACAACAGAUUUCAGGCUAA